AUGAAGGGGGGCUAUGUCCAAGGCUGGAUGCACUUGACUGACAGAGGUGGAGAUCAGCAAGAAAGGCUAUGGGUAACUGAACUGCACAACAUCAAAAAUAUAACCAGGCUGCCUCGAGAGACAAAGAAGCAUGCAGUGGCAAUUAUCUUUCAUGAUGAAACGUCAAAGACAUUUGCCUGUGAAUCAGAGCUGGAGGCUGAGGAGUGGUGCAAACACCUCUGCAUGGAGUGCCUGGGGACCCGGCUCAAUGACAUCAGCCUCGGGGAGCCCGAUCUCCUGGCGGCCGGCGUGCAGAGGGAGCAGAACGAACGAUUCAAUGUGUACCUUAUGCCUACACCAAAUCUGGACAUUUAUGGUGAAUGCACAAUGCAGAUUACGCAUGAGAAUAUCUAUCUCUGGGAUAUCCACAACGCCAAGGUCAAGCUGGUGAUGUGGCCCCUCAGCUCACUGAGGAGAUACGGGCGGGACUCGACAUGGUUCACGUUUGAGUCGGGCAGGUUUGACAGUGAGCAUUUGUCACUUUUUUUACAACAAAUCACUUCGCCUGAGAGGAAUGAGGCCAAGGGAGGGGAGAGAGCUGUGAGCAUUUCUGGACGGGGCUUUGAGGGUGGCUCUUGA